AAUAAUUCAGAGCGGCGGCGGCGGCGGCGGCGGGUGCGGGCAGGAGGCGACGGCAGCUGCGGCUAUGCAUCGAAGUGCGGCUGGGCAGCCGCUGCACCCCUAAAGCCCGGGCGGGGCUUCCGGAGCACCCGCUGGGGACGCUUGUCCCGGAUCGCGAGGGACAACAAGAGUGACCGGGAGGCGUCGCGGAGCUGCGCCCCUAGCUGAGGAGGGGUCUUCAGAGGGGCUGGGGCGGGGGGCGGCUGGCGCGGGCAGCCCCCGGGGCGGGGGGCGGGGUGGGCGCCGGCGGCGCGAUGCGGGGCGUCGUGGAGCUGCUGUUGCUGGGCGCUGCGUGGCUGGCAGGCCCGGCCCGCGCGCAGAAUGAGACGGAGCCCAUCGUGCUGGAGGGCAAGUGCCUGGUGGUGUGCGACUCCAACCCCACGUCCGACCCCACGGGCACAGCCCUGGGCAUCUCCGUGCGCUCCGGCAGCGCCAAGGUGGCGUUCUCUGCCAUCCGGAGCACCAACCACGAGCCGUCCGAAAUGAGUAACCGCACCAUGAUCAUCUACUUUGACCAGGUGCUAGUGAACAUCGGGAACAACUUUGAUUCCGAACGCAGCACUUUCAUCGCCCCGCGCAAAGGGAUCUACAGUUUUAACUUCCACGUGGUAAAAGUCUACAACAGACAGACCAUUCAGGUGAGCCUCAUGUUAAACGGGUGGCCGGUGAUUUCAGCCUUCGCUGGGGACCAGGACGUGACCAGGGAGGCAGCCAGCAACGGAGUCCUAAUCCAAAUGGAGAAAGGCGACCGAGCAUACCUCAAGCUGGAGCGGGGGAACUUAAUGGGGGGCUGGAAGUACUCGACCUUCUCCGGAUUCCUCGUGUUUCCCCUCUGA